GUUUUCUGUGAGGCCGUGGUAUCACUCUGGUCGAGCCGGCCCAUUCGUGCCGAAGCAUGGCUCGCCCACACUUAAUAUACUUUAACCCUUUGACCGCCAAAGACGCUUUAAAGCGUCAUUCAAUAACUUGAUCGAGACGCCAAUGACGUCUUAAAGCGUCCAUCGCAUUUCAACUUUUAAUGACGAAUAAAACUUAGCUAAUGUUAAUUUUCUGAAUCAGGAAUAUUUAAAACUCUUCAUAUUGACUUCGACUACUAUAAUUAUGCAUUAAACCAUUGAGCUAUAGUAUAAUUGGACACGUAAUACUAAAAAUUAACUCAUCAAAAAAUUUACUUAUAUAGUUACACUCACACCGCCAACGACGCCUUAAAGCGUCGACUAGUGUUGUGACUACCCUCGAAUGAAAAAAAAUAAUAAUAAUAGGUCGGUAGUUUCAAAAAUGGUGCCAGUCAAGAUUUUUACGUCAUAUUAUACACUAACUGUCGAAAGCGAGGCGUGUAAACGGCUCUGUGUAUUUUUGGUUGACAAGCAUAUUAUUAUUACUGUUUCCGCAUAAAUUUGAAGCUGCGUUUUGAACCGUAAUGGAGAAGAAGACUGGUAAGUUUACGUUAUUUUUCUUUGAUUUACAUUUUUUUUUAAUUGAUAGUAAAAAUAUAAUUAGCAUACAGUAUGUACCGCAUUUGCUUGAAAAAUUAUUAUUCCUCGAGUCAAAAUAUUUAAUAAUUUUGAAAUAGUGGCCCACCAUUCGAAUGUCGAUACAUCAAAAGUGAUAAUAGGUAUUGUAAAUAAAAUUCCUAACUCUAAUAGACUACUUAAGUAUAGCCAACAUGUGUAACGUAUUAAUUAAACAUAAUUUUACGAAAAAAUAUAUAUUAUUAUUUGUAUCGCUUACUGAUUUUACACAGAUUUGAAGCGCCCAAGAGAGCAAUCGCCAAGCAUCCUACCCCAAGUUGCUCAAACACAAGCCAAACAUAAGCCCACAUCAGCUGCAACUUCUCAACAUACUAAUAUUGAAAAAAAUAUCACAAGACCAUGUUUAGAAUGUAACAAAUAUGAACGUGAUGAUAAAAGGAACUACUAUUAUUGUCAAUUACUAAAUGAAGAAUUCAUGUACAUUAAACCGUGUAUUCGUUCACGUUGCUACAUAAAAAUAUUGAAUUUUUUAGAGCAUGCAAAGAACGCUCAUUUUGACGAAAUAAACAUAGAUUUAUCAGACACAGAGAAACAGUAGGUUUCGAUAUGUUUGAAGAUGAAAAAAUAAAGAAUAUUCUUAAUAGUUUUUUUCUCAAUAUAAUAUAAUAUUUAUUAUUUAACAUAGUGCCUAGUUUCUAACUAAUAUGUAUUAAGUAGGUAUAUUUGUUUGCAGUACCGACAUACAUUGAUCUAUAAAUAUAAUUUAUUUACCUAGGUACUUAGUUUCCUUGUAACAUUAUAGUUUUCCCUUUACUUAAAUAAACAUCGACAACUUAUUCGAACAUUACUAAUAAUCACACAUUUUUCUAUGUCGUGAACGCCGUUGACGACUUAAAGCGUCCGCCUAUGACGUCACAAGCGAGAACGUUGGUUGUUAUAGUGUUGGGAUUUGACGGUAGGAAAAAAUAACAUUUUAUCGAUGUACCCUCAAGACAAAUUAUUAUUAUAACUGCAAUAAGUAUUUCACUAGCAGAUCGUUUUGUGUUACGCGUUUUUAUUAAAGAUAAAUAUGGAUCACGAGGAGCUCCUUCGUAUUUUAGAAGGUGUCGAUGAUGGAAUCGAAAUUGAAUCUGCAUCUGACAGUGAAAUUGAAGAUGAAUUUGAGGUGAGUCAUUUCUAAGUUCACAAACCUACUUCUAACAUUACAAGUUAUACUCCGCUGAGAUUGGACGGCAUGCCCGAAAUUUAGUUUAGCGUUUUUUAGCUCCCUUACGCCCUGUGUCACGGAGUACUCUAAGAAUUACGGGUACAAAUUACACUCGGACAGAAACACAAAUGUGUGUGUUAUGUGGGAAUAACGACCUAAACUAUUCGACUACCGAGGCUGUCCAUAAUAAAUCAUAAUAAAAUCGUUUAUUAACUUUAAAGUUUACUGUCUAAGGACUACUGUCCUUAAUAAUUAAUUUUAAUUGAUAUUCAUUUAUCUUUUUUAGGCUGUACUAACUGAGAACCUCCCAGCAUCAAAUCCUCCAAAUGUUCAGGAUGAAAGUGAUAUAGUUGAGAACAUACCAGGACCACCUCCUAUUCAAUGGACAAGACAACCAUUUGGAAUAGAAACUCCUUUUUUUGAUGACUUUGGUAGUGGUAUUUCACCUUCAUUAAACUUAACAUCAUCUUCAAACGAAUUAGCAGUUUUUGAGAAGUUCGUGGACGAAGAGUUAAUAAAAACAAUAAUACGCUACACUAAUCGGUAUCAUUGCUACUUCAUACUAAACACGGAUUUGAGGAACCACUCGAGGCUGCAGACUUGGAAAGAUGUAACCGUUCCAGAAAUGUAUAUAUUUUUGGCUAUUACUAUGUUAAUGACUAGAAACAGUCGCUUAACGAUUGAAGAGCAUUGGUCAACAAAUCCGCUAUUGAAUUCUCCAAUUUACACAACUCUAAUGAGUAGAAAUCGUUAUACGACAAUAUUAGGAAUGUUGCAUUUUUCUGAACCGAGACCAAGGCAUGCCAAUGACCUAAUAUUGUCAAAGAUAAUAACGGUGGUAGAUGACGCAAGACAAAAAUUUCAAUCUAAUUUUAUUCCGUACAAGAAGCUAUGUAUUGAUGAAAGUAUUGUUCCAUUUAAAGGAAGGUUAAUUAUCAAACAAUAUAUACCUAAUAAGCGUAAUCGAUUCGGCAUUAAACUGUUUGUCUUAUGUGAUGUAGAAACGAGAAUUAUAUUGGAUUUUAUCAUAUAUACUGGUUUAGAAACUGAAAUAAUACGCGAUGCAGACCUAGGUGUAAGUGGAUCAAUAGUUAUUACCUUUUUACAAAAAUAUUACUUUUCGAAUAGACAAAUUUAUAUGGACAACUGGUACAGCAGCCCCAAAUUAUUUAUUUCUUUAUUAAAUCGAAAUAUAGGUGCUUGUGGAACUGUAAAACGUAAUCGCAAAGAAAUGCCUGAAUUCAAGAAACUGAAAAAAGGCGAGAGGGAUGUGAAAUAUGCUCCCAAUAUAAUGGCUCUAAAAUGGCACGACAAAAAAGAUGUGUACAUGAUCACUACUAUGCAUAAAGAUCAAAUGGGACCUACUGAAAAAAUUGAUCGGUCCACAGGUUUACCAAAAAUGAAACCCGAAUGUGUUAUAGAUUACAACGAACACAUGGGAAUCAUUGACUUGAAUGACAUGAUGUUAAGUUCUUUACACAGUAUUCGAAAAGUGACGAAAUGGUACAAAAAGUUAUUUUUUCAUAUAAUUGACCUCUAUUUGCUAAACGGUUACAACUACUACAAAGUUUUGCAAGACAACAAAACACUACGUUUUGCCAAGUACCAACUGGCAGUCGUAACACAAAUUAUCCAAAAGUACGCAGGAGACAAGACCUUACCGAUGACUUCACGAAAUGUAGACCAACCAUUACGAUUAAUAGGAAAUGCGGCACGCCACAUGCCAGCAUAUUUACCGGAUUCGAAAAAAUUACGUUGUAAAUUAUGUAGUAAUUUGAAACGCAAAAGGCGAGAUACAAGAUUUUGGUGUGAAAUUUGUAAAGUGCCUCUUUGUGUUACAUGUUUUCGUGAGUAUCAUGAAAUAGAAAUAUUGCACUAACGCAGAACUUAUUGUCAUACUUUGAUUAUAAUAAAUAUCGACAACUAUUAAUAAAUCUAUCAUCACAUCACUGUCUAUGUUACGUUUUUAUGACAAAAUUACCCCUCUCCUACGCCAUUGACGCUUUAAAGCGUCGACUAGUUACGGGAAAAUAGGGUAAUAUGUUAUUUUUAUAUGCAAAAUCAAUAUUUACAGAGGCAUAUACAUAUACACUAAUGUAAGGUAUUUGAUCAUAAACUAAAUCUUCAAUGGUAAAAGUAUUAUUUUAUUUGUAAACCGUGUACACAAGCACAAUGUAUCGAUGUUUUAUUGAUUCAAAGGUUUUUUUUAUCGGUCUAAGGGUUAAUAAUGAUAAACUAAAUAUUUUUUUAUUUCAUUAUUAGUAAAACUUCAGUUGUAUAAGCAUUAUUUUAUUUGUAAACUAUGCACAAACAAAAUGUAUCGAUGUUUUAUCGGUUUGCGUUUCCCAUCACUAUUUUUUUAUAGGUAUAAUACAACGAAUUUAUUGCUUGGCGUCGGGAGCACGGUUUUUCGUUAUUAGCGUGGCGGUCAAAGGGUUAAAUGCAUAAAUGUAAAGAUUUUGUUUGAACGUAGAAUCGCCGGAACUGAAUUAAUAGUCCAUAGUAGUCCAAUAGAUUUGAUCAUUUUACAGUACAGUAAUCACUGAAAUACGAAAGUCAUAAUAAUAUGUAUUGGU